AGGAAGUGUGCUAACCAGGUAUGAUUUUAUAUACUUUGAACUCAUGUUCUCCUUAUAUUUAUUUUGAUCACAAAGGUGUUUCCUUGAUUAGCAAGCUUUUAUUUAAAAAAAAAUUGUGCUAACCAUAUCUGAUGUUUUUUUUUUAUUACAAACAACACAACGAUUGUGCUGAUAUGUACAACAAACUAGCUGGAGUACAACUGCCUCUGCUAUUACUUAUAACACAGAAUUGUGCUGGUAUGGACUGUCAUCUUACCAGCUAUAUCAACAUUUUUCAAAUUACACGAAAGAUCUUACAAGAAACUACAUUGGAAACACCAAGGAAUCAGCUAACUCGGAACAAAGAGUUGACAUGCAUCUUUUUGGACGUACAAAUUUCAACAUUUGUGAAAAGUUUCAUUUUCAAACCUCCUAAUGUCAACUCUCUCACUCUAUUCGUCUACAACAACAAUGGAAGACGAGAGUUUAGUACCUUUUUCGUCACUGCUUUUUGGCUAAUGCAGUUUUCGAAGAAAAAGGAUGAGGUCUUUAAUGAUGAUAGAGAGCUUUCAUUUACUGGAUUCUCUGAUUUAGUUUAUCCACUUGAAAAUCAAUUGAUUUCCAUGUACCUAGAUUUAGGUGCAUGUACUCCUUCUCUUGGACUAUAUUUCCUUGAAGAGGUGUUGUCUAGUUCUCUGAAAAAGGCUGUAACUGGUGAUAUGAAGAACCUCUAUAGAAAAACUGCAACUUGUGUGAGACGGAAGACGUUGAAAUAA